CCCGAAGAUGCAAAGGUGGCCAGUAUACGUGACUGGCCACGACCCCAGUCUGUGACUGAGGUCAGAUCAUUCUUGGGAAUGUGUGGUUAUUACCGCAAUUUCGUAAAGAACUAUAGUACGAUCGCAUCUCCCUUGACUGAUCUAACUCGACUUGACACAAUAUGGGACUGGACCGACGAGUGUGAGGCAGCUUUCAAGCGUUUGAAGCAUGCUCUCACGCACCAUGAGGUUCUCAUGGUACCCGACCCGCAAAGGCCAUUUGUUGUAACCACUGACACAAGCCAAUAUGAGAUUGGCGCAGUGCUGGCUCAGCAGGAAGGGAAGAAGUUGAGACCGAUCGAGUACAUGCCUUCAAAGAAGUUGGCAAAGUCCACCUACGAGAGGGAGCUCUAUGCUCUUUACAAGGCACUUGUCCACUUGAGGCACUAUCUGUUAGGAAGGUUCUUCUACUUGAGAACUGACCAUCAGACCCUCAAGUGGAUCAAGACGCAACCAGUUCUCUCCGAUGCACUCAAACGCUGGAUUGAAGUCAUAGAUCAAUAUGAUUUCAAACUAGACUAUUUGAAGGGAGAAUACAACAAGGUUGCAGAUGCGUUGUCUAGGAGGGCAGAUUACCUAGGUGCGCUGAUUUCUGAGUUUGGUUUGUUUGAGGACGUGACUCGAUCGUUGGGAGAAGCCUACAAGGAAGAUCCCAUCACGAUGGACAUCAUUAACAAACUUCAGGCCAAAGACAAGGCCACCUCUGAUGAGUUUGUGAUGGUGGAUGGGUUACUCUUUCUUGAGAAGGCAGGGUUCAAAAGGUUAGUUGUUCCGUCUAGGGAAACUUUGCGUAGUUUAUUUUUAGGUGAGUGCCACGACGCAAUUGGACACUUCGGCUAUAAGAAGAUUAGUGCUAAUUUAGUACAACGAUUCUGGUGGCCUAACAUGCUUGACGAUGUGAAGAAGUAUGUGGAGACCUGUCAGGUCUGUCAAGGGGACAAGCCGCGGACUCAAGCUCCGCUUGGGUUACUCAAGCCCCUACCCAUUCCUGCUGGCCCAGGGCAGAGUAUCUCCGUGGACUUCAUGGAUACUCUUGUGACCAGCAAGAAUGGCAAGAGGCACAUUUUCGUCAUAGUAGAUAGGUUAACUAAGUACGCUAGACUAAUCGCCAUGCCAGAGACUGGCAGGACUGAGCACGUUAUCAAGUUGUUCAUGGACAACUGGGUGCGUGACUUUGGACUUCCGAAGACCAUCGUUAGUGACAGAGAUGUGAGAUUCACAAGCGAGAUGUGGAAGAAGACCGCUGAACAGAUGGGCAGCCAGCUUCGGAUGACUUCUGGGAAUCAUCCCGAAGCAAACGGGCAGGCUGAACAGAUGAACCGAGUGGUGCAGCAUCUGCUGAGGCAUUACAUCAAGCCCAGCCAGGGCGACUGCGAUGAGAAGUUACCUCUCAUCGCCAGUCUGUACAACAACGCUGUACACAGACCAUCGGUGUCAGUCCUAAUCAACUACAUCUGGGAUGGAAGCCUAGAUAUGCUCUAGACUUCCUUCUGCCUGAAAACCGAACUGCUGCAACUCCUGGAACCAUUGAAUUUG